UGAAGAGCCGGAAUUGUAACAUUGUCGAAAAUUGAGAGGUGACCCAAUGUGAUUUUAUACCGUGCUUGGCUGGCAAAUGGAAUUAACGAGUGGAUUUCUUUUCUUAGAAGGUAAAACAGAGCGCGAAAAUGAACGGGAACCUGAUUUGGAUUAAAACGGUUGAAUUGGGCAUUCCAGAAUAGCCGACAUAUGAAAGGACUUCCAGUGCUACUCGAAGGAGGGACAGUGAUGUACAACAUGAGGACAAUCUCUGAAGUAUCCUACCCGAGAGGCAUAGCCCUACUCAACCUGGCCUAAAGAAUAUAACAGUACCACCACAACCCAUGCGUUCCCUUUGGGAGGAAGUAUUCACCAAUCACUAGGUGGGAACUGCACUAAAGAGCAAUAGAGGGACCAUGUAAUACUUGACCUUCUUUGAGGGACAUUUUAGCCACCAUGUUAGAACUAGUCUAAAGCAUUCCAGAGGGCCACUCCAAGAUCUGCCCCUUCAUCAGCUCUCCCAGGAUGAGCCUACACUGAGAGAGAUCGGAACUCCAUGGCUUUCUUCACUAAAUACCAUCACACUUCCCACAAAGGACAUGGAGGAGAGCUCCAUCUUAGACUUGGAGUAUAGGGAAUAGUGGACUCCAUCUUAGACCUGGAGCAUAGGGAAUAGUGGGCUCCAUCUUAGACCUGGAGUAUAGGGAAUAGUGGGCUCCAUCUUAGACCUGGAUUAUAGGGAAUAGUGGGCUGCAUAUUAGACCUGGAGUAUAGGGAAUAGUGGGCUCCAUCUUAGACUUGGAGUAUAGGGAAUAGUGGGCUCCGUCUUAGACCUGGAGUAUAGGGAAUAGUGGGCUCCGUCUUAGACUUGGAGUAUAGGGAAUAGUGGGCUCCAUCUUAGACCUGGAGUAUAGGGAAUAGUGGGCUCCAUCUUAGACCUGGAGUAUAGGGAAUAGUGGGCUCCAUCUUAGACCUGGAGUAUAGGGAAUAGUGGGCUCCGUCUUAGACUUGGAGUAUAGGGAAUAGUGGGCUCCAUCUUAGAUCUGGAGUAUAGGGAAUAGUGGUCUCCGUCUUAGACUUGGAGUAUAGGGAAUAAUGGGCUCCAUCUUAGACCUGGAGUUUAGGGAAUAGUGGGCUCCAUCUUAGACCUGGGGUAUAGGGAAUAAUGGUCUCCGUCUUAGACUUGGAGUAUAGGGAAUAGUGGUCUCCAUCUUAGACCUGGAGUAUAGGGAAUAGUGGUCUCCGUCUUAGACCUGGAGUAUAGGGAAUAGUGGUCUCCAUCUUAGACCUGGAGUAUAGGGAAUAGUGGGCUCCAUCUUAGAUCUGGAGUAUAGGGAAUAGUGGGUUCCGUCUUAGACUUGGAGUAGGGGACAGUGGGUAGGGUGCAGUGAGGUAGUGGGCCAGUCCAUAGGAGGUUAGGGGUGAGUGAUAACCAUCCUGGAUUAAGGGACAGGGGAGUAGUCCAUAGGCGGUAUAGGGAUAGUGUGCUCCAUCCUAGACCUGGAGUAGGGGGAUAGUGUGCUCCAUCCUAGACCCGGAGUAGGGGGAUAGGAGACCAUAGGAGGUAGGAGAGGAGUGAUAACCCCAUGGUGGAUCUGCUGUGAGGAGGACUGAGGACAGGAAGGACCCGGGAGGAUGUCAUCAGCCGGAGGAGAGUCAGCCAGCUCGGAGCUCCAAGCAGGUGUCAAAACCAGCACUCUGAGACGGGAGUCCAGGAGGACUAAAGGUCAAGACCGCAGUGAGGCGGGGCUGAUUAAGCGUUUCCGUGGUGAUGGCGUGCGCUACAAGGCCAAGCUGAUUGGGAUUGAUGAGGUGACAGCGGCGCGUGGGGACAAGCUGUGCCAGGACUCCAUGAUGAAGCUCAAGGGAAUGGCUACGUCGGCGCGCUCCAAAGGAGAGCACAAGCAGAGAGUCUUCCUGACCAUCUCCUUCGGGGGGAUCAAGAUUUACGACGAGAGAUCAGGGGUUCUGCUGCAUCACCACUCGGUGCAUGAGAUCUCCUAUAUCGCCAAGGAUACCCGGGACCACCGGGCCUUCGGCUACGUCUGCGGGAAGGAGGGACACCACCGGUUCGUGGCCAUCAAGUCCGGUCAGUCGGCAGAGCCCCUGAUCGUUGACCUGCGCGACCUCUUCACACUCAUCUACGACAUCAAGCAGCGCGAGGAGAUGGAGAGGAAGGCCCAGAAGGACAAGCAGUGUGAGCAGGCCGUCUACCAGACCAUUCUGGAGGACGAGGUGGACGAUCCAGUUUACCAGUACAUUGUGUUUGAGGCUGGACAUGAGCCCCUCCGUGGCCACCAAUCAGAGGAGAGCGUUUACCAGGUCCCUACCGCUACCAGUCAGCAGAAGGGAGAAGGGAUCUAUGACGUCCCAAAACGCCAUUUCAUGACUAACAUCAACCACUUUGAUCUGUUCGGAGAUAUGUCAACUCCACCCUCGAUUCCCCCGUCCCCAGCCAACACUCUGGACCCCAGCAGGAGCCACCGCCAGCUCCAGCACCCCCCAGAGAUGUUCACCGGCCCCUUCAGCCCCACCUCUGUCCCCUCAGGGUACAUGACCAUGGGGCCAGUCCAGGCAGCCCAGUGGGCCCAGCAGGGACCCUUCGCUGGCCAGGCCCAGACACUGGCCUUUGGGGUGCAAGGGCCCCUCCAGGUGACCCAGGUCCUCCCUGGGGGCCAGCCCGUCAUCUGGAGCCAGGCCAACAUCUUCCCUGCCACCCAGCAGCAGUGGGCCGCCAUGGCUGCCUACAUGCCUGCCCAGGCUGUGGGCGUGGGGGGUCACCACCUCCCCAUGAUGGUGCCCAUCACCACCGUGUGCCCUGGCCCCCAGGGGCCCCACGGUGACCUCUCCUCCACCCCUUCCUCGGCCAUCGCCAGCCCCCAGCAUCAGACGAUGGACCCCGUUCUGCUCCAGCAGCAGCAUAGCAUCGGUGGGGACUCGGACGCAGGCGAAGGCCCCUCUUCGCUGGGCCUUGUCAUGGUGGGCAGCAGGUGUGGCACACCCAGGCCGAUGAGCCCUACUUCAAUGGGUCUUGGUGCCGUGGGCAGGUGUGAGACGCCCGUUGGCCUUGUCAUGAUGGCGAGGUGUGAGACGCCCGGUCUAGUGAACGUGCCCCCUGACACCCUGGUCUGUAGCCAGCUGGGCCUGGAGUCAUCAUCUGCCGCAACCCAGGAAGAGGAAGGCAGCUGUAGUGACCUUGACCUCUCUCGGAUGACCUUGAGUCCAGGCACGUCCACCUCGCCCUCCACUGACUCAGCGUCCACCCCAGCCCCCCAACCUGGCUCGUCCUCAGACUCCGCCCCGUCCCAGGCUAGUGAUCCCCCCACAGACCACUCCCCCAUCGAAACAGAGGCCACACACCCCAGCACCAGGGAGGAUGACUCGGGCUCAUGCAACCGGGCUCGGUCUCCCUGUCCUUCCAGUGAUGCUCCAUCUGACUGUCCACAGGCCCAGACCUGUCCGCAGGAAGACAGCCACUGUUGUCUCGUCAGGUCUGUGCGUCCGUCUUAUUGGAGAUUUUUCAGAUCCACCACAACUACCAUGCUCUCUGUGUCCAUGUUAAAGCCUACAGUUGGCCUAGGCUACUGCCUCCUCUGUGCUGCAUUGUGCUUGCUCCUACUCCGUGAUGUUGCCAUAGCCGGCAGUGGCGAGGAGCCCAGUGGCGUCCGUGAGGCUCGGUCUGUGGGGACUCAGGUCGCCGUGCAGCCGGUGGACUGUGUACAAUCAGAGUGGUCCUCCUGGACGCGCUGCGAUGUCUGCAGGAAGAAGAGGUAUCGUUAUGCUAAGCUUGUCCAGCCAUCUCAGUUUGGCGGGGAGCCCUGUCAUGUCCAGGGCAAAGAGGUGGAGCCCUGUAGCCCUCCAUCUCGCUACGACUGUACACAUGAUGAAACACCUCUGUGUGAAGGCUUCCUCUGCACUUACACAGGGCGCUGUGUGCCUAUAGACCUGCGCUGUAAUGGGGAUGAUGACUGUGGGGACUGGUCAGAUGAGAAGGGCUGUCAGAAGGUGAACAAGGCCUGCAAGCAGGAGGCACAGGAGUACCAUGGCAUCGAGAACCUGGCCAAAGGAAUCAACAUACUGAACAGUAACUUAGAGGGAGUGGUCAUUGACAACAGAUACUACGCAGGCAGUUGCUUGCCUCACUACAUCCAGGACGUCAGGUUCAGGAAGCCUUAUAACCUGCAGCAGUACACACUGGAGACCAAAGGCACAUACGACUUCAAGCUGCAGUCUUUCGAGUCAUACUCUGAGUUUGUCCAUUACACCAUGACGGAGCGCUCUUCCAAGACCACGGUGUCCAUUGGCUUUGCCGUGCCGGGCGUGGCCGAGUUCGGCUUCAACUACGCUGACUCCAAAUACUCCAAGUCAGAGAAGAAAAUACGCCGCGCCUCUAGGAAGGAAAACAGCUUUGUCCAGGCCAAGGCAGAGCUGCAACUGGCCCGAUACAUCCUGAAGUCAGAGGAUCUGAUGCUGCACCCAGAGUUCUUCCUGCGUCUUCGUGCCUUGCCCCAGUCCUACAACUACGGAGAGUACAGACAGAUCUACAGAGACUAUGGCACCCAUUACAUCACAGAGGCUACCCUGGGAGGAGACUACGAGUACACGGUCAUCCUGGACAAGGAGAAGCUGGAGAAGACAGAUUACUCUCUGGAAGCCUACAAGAACUGUGUGCAGAUAGGUCUGAAGGUGGGGGCCAACAUCAAGGGAGUGUAUGUGACUUUGGGGGUCGAGGGAGGUGGUUGUGAUGGUCUGCUCAAUGAAAUGGGAGAGGACACAGUGAAAGGCAGCAUGGUGGAGGACUUUGUCGUGGUGGUUCGGGGGGGUGACAGUGAGUCCAUCACCUCGCUGGCUGCCAAGAAGCUGCCCACGCCACAACUGAUGAGACUGUGGGGAGAAGCAGUGCAUUACAACCCUGACUUCAUCCGCAGCGUGACGCGGCCGCUAUAUGAGCUGGUGACCGCCAGAGACUUCUCCAGCGCUAACUCGCUGAAGAAGAACCUGAGGAGAGCCCUAGCUGAAUACCUGGAGGAGAACAGCUCUUGCCGCUGUGCCCCCUGCCGCAACAACGGACUGGCUGUUCUCAAAGGCACCAGGUGUGAGUGUGUGUGUCCAUCUGGCUACAGUGGACUGGGUUGUGAGAUCACCCAACGACCAGAUAUAGGCAUAGACGGCAGCUGGAGCUGCUGGGGUUCGUGGUCACCCUGCGCGGAGCGGUCUAAGACACGGAGCCGCCAGUGUAACAACCCUGCACCUAGCAGCGGAGGCAUAGCCUGCAGAGGACUCCAGAUGGAAACUACUGAUUGUUUCUGAUAUUGUCCCGGACUCUUGAUUGAAAUAAAGAUAAUUCAUGUCACCCUUGGAAA